AGUGGUACCCACGAGAAGGUAUAAGGGGUGGCCAGGGAGUGAGCCUCAUCCUUAACACGGAGAACAUGAGGCUUCUCUUCUGGUUCCUUCUGGCCGUGGUCUUGAGCAUGGAGCUAGCUAUAACACGGGGCCUGCGGUGCCACCUGUGCAAGGACUUUGGAGGCUGCUCCGGCCAGUACAGAUGCAGAAGGGGCUCCACCCACUGUGUCAUCAUUGCCACCCGAUCUCCCAUCAGCUUCACGGACCUGCCCCUGGUGACGAAGAUGUGCUACAAUGGCUGCCCUGAUGUCCCCAGCUUGGGCUUGGGUCCUCAUGUAUCCAUUGUUUGCUGCCAGUCCGAUCUCUGCAACAAAGACUGACCACACUCUGUCGCUACCAGCUGGACCACAGAACCGUGUCCUGGCCUGGUCCUUGGAGAUCAUUCCAACCUGGCCAGCCCAAAGCCUCCAACUCAUAACUUCCUCAGAAAGUUCAGAGUGAAACCCUGUGUAAAUCCACUGCGGUGCAAACAUGAGGCCCUAAUCCGCUGUGGGCCACCCUCUGUGUCAACAAAUCUCCCAAUAAAAAGCAGCUGGAU